ACGCUGCCUCAGGCGAGACUACGUAAGCGUGUAGGAGCUUUUUCACUAGCGUUAAUUAAGUUUACUUUAUUUAUAAUUUAUUUCUUAAGGAACAUAAAUUUUCUUCCUGUAUAUGUAGUGUAAAAGCUGAUUAUAUAUCAUACUGGUGUCACAGCGAGAAAAGAGAACAUGGUGUUACGCAUAUUCUUUUUGCUAGCGCUCGCUGGUGUUUUCCUCCAGUCGGCACAAGCCUCGAAGUGUGACUCGAAGAUAAUAGCAAAAAUAAAGGAGUAUUGGGGCGAAAAUGUUCCUCCGUAUCUCAUACCUACGGCUAUAUCAAAUGUAAAAGAAGUAGUGAUCGGAACCACACACGAUUACUACGCAGAAGGCACGAAGUGUGUUUACUCGUUUUUCAUGGUGGACAGGGUGUUAAUAGUUUAUGUCUUCGAGAAUGGAACGACAUCAGCUGUAAAUAUGCCUGUCGUUGAAAGUGAAGGAACCACCUAUGCUCCUGACUCAAACACGGUGAGGUACCACGUGUUCACCAAGUGUGGAGUGACAGGUCUUUAUACCUGUUCGAAAGAUGGGAAAGAGGGUCCUGCCAAAGGGCUGGUCAAAGUGAAGUACAGUAAGUACGAUCCUGCUGAUGUCGAGGAAGCUAAAGAAGUCCUGAAGUCCAUUGGCGUCGAGAUAACAGAUGAGUAUCCGGACCAUUGUUGUUAAAACACUGAACGUGCUGGAAUAAUGGGAAUAAAAACAUUUUUACAAAUAUAGCGUCUUGUAAAUGAA